UAGUCUAAACAAAGUUGGUGAUAAUAGAAACUGGUUACUAUAUGGAUAUUGUAGCAACAAAAAAAAUUCAGACGUGUGAAUAUGACUCCGCUGUAUUGCAUCGCUGUUGCCUGGUUAUUUACCUCUGCACUAUGCGAGGAUUUCUGUAAGAAAGCCAACUUCUUCGGCGGGGCACACACGUUUGUGAAGACCCCGAGACCGAGAGAUCCACCGGUGUUGUCGGGACACAACAUUAACACACGGAGUACUGACCCCGACGGAGAGACGUGCAAAUCUCUAACGGGAUUCGAAUCCACGCUAAAAAAUAACACACACACCCUGGGCUCCACAGCCAUUGGCAUCCAGACGUCUGAGGGGGUGUGUCUGGCCGUGGAGAAGAGGAUCACAUCUCCUCUAAUGGAGCCCAGCAGCAUCGAGAAGAUUGUGGAGAUCGACACCCACAUCGGUUGUGCUAUGAGUGGCUUGAUAGCUGAUGCCAAGACUCUUAUCGACAAAGCAAGAGUGGAGACACAGAACCACUGGUUCACCUACAACGAGACCAUGACAGUGGAGAGUGUGACCCAGGCCGUGUCUAACCUGGCCCUGCAGUUUGGAGAGGAGGAUGCAGACCCUGGAGCCAUGAGCCGACCCUUCGGUGUAGCGCUUCUCUUUGGUGGACUGGAUGAGAAAGGGCCCCAGCUGUACCAUAUGGAUCCGUCAGGCACCUUUGUCCAGUGUGAUGCCCGGGCCAUUGGCUCUGCCUCUGAGGGAGCCCAGAGCUCUCUGCAGGAGGUCUACCACAAGUCCAUGACGUUAAAAGAGGCCAUCAAGUCAUCCCUCACCAUCCUAAAGCAGGUGAUGGAGGAGAAGCUGAAUGCUACCAACAUUGAGCUGGCUACAAUAGAGCCAGGCAAGACCUUCCACAUGUAUUCCAAAGAAGAGCUGGAGGAUGUUAUCAAGGACAUCUAGAGCAGAGUGGGGCUUUGUGGGCCUAGUCAGCGCUGAGGAGAGGUAAUCUGCCUGGGCUCUGAGGAUCACCACACAUCUACAACUACAUUUCCUAUCAGCACUCUCUCGCUGCAUUCAUUGGUUCCUUGUGUGGAAGGGAGGCAACUCUUUGUAGUGUGUUAUAUAUUUUUUCUUCUUUUGGCUCUG